GGCACGUUGACGCCGGCGACGCGCAGCCGGGCCCGCUCCUGCUGCGCUCAGCCAGUGUCCGGCCGCGGGCCGGCCUUAGUGACUAGGGGGCUGCGGGCCCGGGGCCGGCGGGCGCGGGCGCGGGCUGCCUUCGUCGGGCCCCGAGCUCGCCCGGAGCGAGCAGCCGCCCGCGAGCCGCCGCGGAGCCUCCUCGCCUGCUCCCGCCGGCGAGCAAGAUGAUGUGCGAGGUGAUGCCGACCAUCAGUGAAGCCGAAGGCCCCCCGGGAGGAAGUGGGAGUCAUGGGUCCGGCUCUCCAUCGCAGCCAGACGCAGAUUCACACUUCGAACAGCUGAUGGUGUCCAUGCUGGAAGAGCGGGACCGUCUUCUGGACACGCUGAGAGAGACUCAGGAAACGCUGGCCUUGACCCAGGGGAAGUUACACGAGGUUGGUCACGAGCGAGACUCCUUGCAGAGGCAGCUCAGCACGGCGCUCCCACAGGAGUUCGCGGCACUUACCAAGGAGCUCAACGUCUGCAGGGAGCAGCUCCUGGAGAGAGAGGAAGAGAUCGCAGAACUGAAGGCGGAAAGGAACAACACCAGGCUGCUGCUGGAGCACUUGGAGUGCCUCGUGUCCAGGCACGAACGGUCCCUGCGCAUGACGGUGGUGAAGCGGCAGGCGCAGUCCCCGGCGGGCGUGUCCAGCGAGGUGGAGGUGCUCAAAGCGCUCAAGUCCUUGUUCGAGCACCACAAAGCCCUGGACGAAAAGGUGAGGGAGCGGCUACGAGUAGCACUUGAAAGGUGUAGUUUGUUAGAAGAAGAACUAGGGGCCACACACAAAGAGCUAAUGAUUCUUAAAGAACAGAAUAAUCAGAAAAAAACGUUAACCGACGGAGUGCUUGACAUGAACCACGAGCAAGAAAAUACUCCGAGCACAAACGGACAGAGAUCUUCCGACGGUUCUUUAAGCCACGAGGAAGACCUUGCCAAAGUCAUCGAGCUCCAGGAAAUCAUAGACAAGCAGUCAGAGGAGCAGAGCCAGAUGAAGGAGCGCCUGGCCGCGCUCUCCAGUCACGUGGCGGAGCUGGAGGAGGACCUGGACACCGCCAGGAAGGACCUCAUCAAGUCUGAGGAGGUGAACACAAAGCUGCAGCGCGAUGUCCGUGAAGCCAUGGCCCAGAAGGAGGACAUGGAGGAGAGGAUCACUACUCUUGAAAAACGCUACCUCGCGGCACAGCGCGAAGCCACCUCUGUGCACGACCUCAACGAUAAACUUGAAAACGAGAUCGCAAAUAAAGACUCUAUGCACCGGCAGACCGAGGACAGGAACCGGCAGCUGCAGGAGCGCCUGGAGCUCGCCGAGCAGAAGCUACAGCAGACGCUGCGGAAGGCCGAGACGCUCCCCGAGGUGGAGGCCGAGCUGGCGCAGAGGGUGGCCGCGCUCUCCAAGGCCGAGGAGAGGCACGGCAACAUUGAGGAGAGGCUCCGGCAGAUGGAGGCACAGUUGGAAGAGAAGAACCAGGAGCUGCAGCGGGCGAGACAGAGAGAGAAAAUGAACGAGGAGCAUAACAAGCGCCUGUCAGACACCGUGGACAGGCUUCUUUCGGAAUCCAACGAGAGGCUUCAGCUCCAUCUUAAGGAGAGGAUGGCUGCUCUGGAGGACAAGAAUUCUCUGUUGCGAGAAGUUGAAACUGCGAAGAAGCAGUUAGAAGAGGCACAACACGAUAAGGACCAGCUUGUCCUAAACGUGGAGGCGCUGAGAGCGGAGUUAGACCAGACACGGCUGAGAGGCGCGUCCCUUCAUCACGGCCGACCGCACUUGGGCAGUGUCCCUGAUUUCCGGUUCCCUGUGGCAGACGGCCCCACGGACUCCUACAGCAGCGGCGCCGUGUUGCGGCGUCCCCAGAAGGGCCGUCUGGCUGCUCUGCGAGAUGAGCCUUCCAAGGUACAGACUCUGAAUGAGCAGGACUGGGAACGUGCCCAGCAAGCCAGCGUGCUAGCAAACGUGGCCCAGGCAUUCGAGAGUGACGUUGAUGUGUCUGAUGGCGAAGACGACAGGGACACUCUCUUCAGUUCGGCUGCUCUGCUGUCGCCCAGUGGGCAGGCCGACGCCCAGACGUUGGCCAUGAUGCUUCAGGAGCAGCUGGACGCCAUCAACAAAGAGAUCAGGCUGAUCCAAGAAGAGAAGGAGAGCGCGGAGCAGCGCGCGGAGGAGAUUGAGAGCCGCGUGGGCAGUGGCACUUUAGACAGCCCGGGCCGGUUCCGGUCUGGGGGCACCGCCCCCCCACACCCCACGUCCACGCUCACAGGCCCGUCCCCUCCGCACAGCGGGCGCUCCACUCCGCGAAGGGGUCCACACAGCCCCGCCAGAGAGGUGGACAGACUGGGGGUCAUGACACUGUUGCCGGCUUCCCGGGAAGAGGUACGAGAUGACAAGGCAACGAUAAAAUGUGAAACAUCCCCCCCCUCCUCCCCGAGAUCCCUCCGCUUAGACAGGCUGCACAAAGGAGCACUGCACACGGCCAGCCACGAGGACAUCAGAGACGUUAGAAACUCCACGGGCUCGCAGGACGGGCCCGUGAGCAACCCCAGCAGCAGCAGCAGCAGCCAGGACUCGCUGCACAAGGCCCCCAGGAAGAAGGGCAUCAAGUCCUCCAUCGGCCGGCUGUUCGGCAAGAAGGAGAAGGGCCGUCCCGGCCACACCAGCAAGGAGCCCAUGGGACCAGCUGCUGCUUCGGAGAUGGAAAACUCCUCUCAGGACACCCUGGGACUCAGCAAACUGGGAGGACAGGCUGAAAAAAAUCGUAAACUUCAAAAAAAGCACGAAUUGCUCGAGGAAGCCCGGAGACAGGGUUUGCCUUUCGCACAGUGGGACGGACCGACCGUCGUGGUUUGGCUGGAGCUGUGGGUCGGGAUGCCGGCCUGGUACGUGGCCGCCUGCAGAGCCAACGUGAAGAGCGGCGCCAUCAUGUCCGCGCUGUCGGACACGGAGAUCCAGCGGGAGAUCGGCAUCAGCAACCCGCUGCACCGGCUCAAGCUGCGGCUGGCCAUCCAGGAGAUCAUGUCCCUGACCAGUCCGUCAGCCCCUCCCACCUCGAGAACGACCACGGGAAAUGUCUGGUUAACGCAUGAAGAGAUGGAAACGCUCACAGCCACGCCACAAACGACCCUGGCCUAUGGGGACAUGAACCACGAGUGGAUCGGCAACGAGUGGUUGCCCAGCCUGGGCCUGGCGCAGUACCGCAGCUACUUCAUGGAGUGCCUGGUGGACGCGCGCAUGCUGGACCACCUGACCAAGAAGGACCUGCGGGGGCAGCUGAAGAUGGUGGACAGCCUCCACAGAAACAGUUUCCAGUGUGGAAUCAUGUGCCUGCGGAGAUUAAAUUAUGACCGGAAAGAACUGGAGAAGAAAAGAGAAGAAAGCCAGAAUGAAAUAAAAGAUGUGCUGGUUUGGAGCAACGAUCGAGUGAUUCGCUGGAUCCUGUCGAUCGGCCUUAAAGAGUACGCCAACAACCUCAUCGAGAGCGGCGUCCACGGCGCGCUGAUGGCCUUGGACGAGACCUUUGAUGCCAACGCCCUGGCGCUCCUGCUGCAGAUCCCAACACAGAACACGCAGGCUCGCGCUGUCUUGGAGAGAGAGUUUAACAACCUUCUGGUCAUGGGGACUGACAGAAGGUUCGAUGAAGAUGACGAUAAAAGCUUUAGGAGGGCACCUUCCUGGAGGAAAAAGUUUAGACCAAAGGACGUUCGUGGCUUAGCUGCUGGGUCAGCAGAGACUCUCCCCGCAAACUUCCGGGUCACUUCUCUGUCCUCGCCCUCUGUGCAGCCAAAGAAGAUGCAGCUGGAUGGCGGCGUGUCAGGACCGCAGAGGCUGGACUCCGCCACGGUCAGGACUUACUCCUGCUGACGCCUCCUGCGGUUUACCCACACUACUUCUACAGAUGAUUAUGCAGCAUUUUGAAUCCAACAAAGACUACAUUUUAAAGUUCAAUGGAAUCUUUAAUCUGUUAAUACUUGUUAUAUGGACCGUGAGAUAUUUUAUUACAGAGUUUUUAAUUAGCGAAAAAUUCAUGAAUACCAUAGAGAAAAUAUUUUAGAAUUUAAUGUUUCUUAUAUUUAUGUAAACUUAUGACUUCAUUUACAUAGUUACUGACUUUUUCAUGUAUAUCCAGGCUAUAAAUAUCCUUUCAAAUCAAUUCAUGUUCUUUUAUCUAAUUUUAGUCUUCCAGAUGAAUGUACUGUACUGCUUGUAUGUAUAAAUCGUAAGGACAAAUCUAGGGCUUUUGUAAAUUGUGCAUUUAUUGUAAUUACCAUUGCUUCAUUUGUUAUUAGUAAACCCUGACAGGAUUUUUCCACGCUUGUAAAGUCAUCAUGACACAACGUGUGCUAUCACCCGGAACCCGGCUCCACAACAGUCAUUUUGGAAAGAAGCAGACUCGAUUUCAAGCAACUGUUGUAUUUUAAUGACUGACCUUAACUCUACUUUUUCUAGCAAGAAAUGCUUUAUUCCACAGCCUGAACAGAUUUAAACUAUCUGGUGUUAAAUAUCAGCUUCUGAAAAGUUGGACUGGAAAGAUUAUCGGAACACUAUGGGAAUCUCUUAGGACCCCUGGACUCUUUAGAGCCUCGCCCCCCGGGGGGGGCUCGGAGCAGGCUGAGGACCCUGAGGGCCGGGGGGGGGGCCCUGGGCCACCCUCCUGGUGUGGAGCUCGCUGGCGAGGACUCUCAGAGGACCAGUCAGGAAGCACUGCCCCCCCCCAGCUGGGUGCCCGCAGGGGAGGAGGGCGCCGUCCUGGAAAUAAUGUUGUGCAACUCUAACAAGGCCUUACUGUUCUUAUGUAAAUCAUCUUUUUACAUUUGUUUGUAAACAUGUUUAAAGAAUGGACCUAGUCGUACAUUUUUAGACUUUGAUGAGAUAGCCCUUUUGGAUUGUAUAAGGAGCAAAUGUUAACUCUUCCUUUCUCCUCGGCAUAUUAAAAAGCCAGCCAGAAAUGUGUCUGACCACGGCGCGUUAUUUAUUAUGCCGCUGACAGCGCUGGAAAUGGCAUGUCUUUCUACAUUUGGUUUCUGCUUUUCAUUUACUCGUACAAUUCACUGUUACCACUCUGUUUUUCUAUUAAUCUUUUGUGAACUUCCUGACUAUGUAACAAAGUCUGUACAGUCUACUUUGGAGCUAUUUUUAUCACAGUAUUAUUUAUUGCUGUCUUUCAAUACAGUACUGAAGCGUUUUCCACUGCCAAUAAAGAACACUGACAACCA